GUAAUAUCCCCACCAAUUGGAAGGCGAGGCUCGACAUUCAAACUCCCGAUUCCACCAUGUUGCGUUAUUGUUGUUUUGUUUAACCUCAUGUAAUCGUUUAAUCCUUACGACUCACCAAGGUUUUAUACCAUGGAAAGACAACAGGUGCAGGAGAAAUCCUACAAGGCGAGUCUGGAAAAUAUCAAAAAGCAGAUCAAGGAAAAAAGCAACCAGCGGCUGUCCAAGGUCACGACUCGAAAAAAAGGCUUGACAGGAAAGCCAGCGGCGCCAUCCAAAGCAUCUCUCCUUCAGUCGCUGCAGCAGAACAACAAGGACCUGGCAACAGCUUUGCAAGCAGAGAGGGAGAAAUUGAAAACUGCGAAUGAGCUCAUCUAUCAUUUGAAGAAGGAGAAUGCGCUGAUGUUCUGGCACAUUGCCAUGCUGAAGAGAGGGCUGCGUCAACAAGAGAAGAACACAUCCGACGUCCUUGUGCAGUCACAGACAAACGGCAUAACAUCAAGGUGUCAGCCUGCAGUCCACGAUGAACACAUGGAUGCAUUUGAGAAUGUUGAACACAGCAGCACACCCGAGGAAAAGGAAAACUCAAAUCCCCGUUUAUCUAAGCGAAAGUCUGCGCUAUCUGAAAAUAAAAAUGGCAGAGAUCGAACCUUUCGAAAACGUCGCCAGACGGAUGUGGUGAGCUACGCAGAACCAUCAUUAAAAGUGAAACUGAGACAAGGAGACAAGUUCACAGACCAAAAGUUCAUCAACUGUCCUUUCCGAAGAAGAAGUGCAUUAGUAUGAUAUAGGUAUUUUAUAUAUUUAUUAUUUAAGUCAUUCAAAGCUCCAAUAAUGAAAUAAAAAUGUUUGAUCUUGUCCGUUUGUCCACGGAUGUUCUAUUAUUUGAAGCUUUUAAUGUGUACAUUGUGCAUUUUUAAUGGGUCUUUGAUCAGACUUUUUCUCUUUAAAUUCCUCCAAGAGCAAACAUUUGAUGGUUGCUGUAUAAUGCAUUUAUUGAAAUGUGUCAUUCUUUUUUUUG